UAAACAAUGAAUAUUUCAAUCCCUCAUUAACUAUGAUAGUCGAGUCAGAAUUCGCAACCCUGUGCCCAACGAUUGUUGCGUGUUGACGUGAUCAUGUUACGUUCGUGCUCAAUCUCUCUAAGAGCAUGAACCCACCAACCAAGUACAGUGGUGUAUGCUCCAAGAUCCAUCCUUCUGUCCCAAUUUCCCACUCUCCACCAGCGACCGCCUUGCAUUCGACCGAUUCGACCCUAAAGAAAAGAGGGCCCUUCAGACAGGCUCGCUCAAGAAGAAGAAGACCAUUUGACUGGCGCCACCACUGAAGCAAGCCCAACCAAUUUCUGUGGAGCCUUAAACAAACUAACGGUCAUUGCCAUUAGUAGACACUGGCACUAUGACCACGAAAUUGGUCAAAUUGCUGUCCCAUCCACUCGAAUCCAUGGCUAUGGAACCGUCUACGGCCCAGAAUGACAGGCCUCCCGCUCCACCCGCUCCGCCCGCCGUGAUUCUGGCCUCCUCGUCUCCAUUUCGUCGGAAUCUGAUGCGCUUGCACUUUCCGGAUUUGUUCUAUUCUCAAGCGGUGGCUUUCCUCACGCCCGAAGUGGAUGAAAGAGCCAUUGGGCGUGACCUCGAGCCCGAGGCCAUGUGUCAAAAGGUGGCCGAGGCCAAAAUGGACUGGAUCUUGGCCAACAAGGAGGCUGAGUUGGUGGGUGCCCAGAUCUUGAUCACUUGCGAUAUGGUGGUCAAAUACCGAGGCCAAGCUUUGGAAAAACCCACGUCCGAUAUAGAAGCGCGGGCGUUUCUGCAAAACUAUCGCGAUCAUCCGUCCGAACCCGUUUUUUGCAUCAAUGGCAUUGUGUUACGUGACCUGACCUUGGGCCUCCAAGAAAGUGUGGUCGAGGUGAGCUCGUUGUUUUUCCUACCAUUUGGCGAUGAGGCCAUUCAAGAGAUGAUCGAGGAUGGAAGCGCCUUGCAAAUGGCGGGCGCAUUUUCCAUGGAUCAUCCGGCUAUGGGCAAAUAUAUCACAGGCUUAAAUGGCUCACCCACGGCCGUGGAGGGCUUGCCAGUGGAACUGCUUCGUCAGAAAUUGAUGGCCUGGCAGCCUUCACUACCGUGUCAAUUAAAAAUUCUGGGCGCCAUCAAAUGUGUCAUCUUUGAUAUGGAUGGCUUGAUCUUGGACACGGAACGAUGGUACAGUUUAGCCCAGCAACAAAUCCUGGACCGCUUUGAGAUUAAGUUCACCUAUGACGUGAAAGCCAAAAUAAUGGGUCGAAAAUCAUUGGACGCGGCCAAUGUGAUGAUUGAUCACUACGGCUUAAAAGGCCGCUUGGAUCCGGAAGAAUUUAUUCGCGAGCGGGAAGAGAUCCUGGACCAGAUGUUCCCUAAAAGUGAAAUUAUGGCCGGAGUUCAACGGCUUUUGGUUCACUUGCGAAAAAACAAUGUGCCCAUGGCCAUUGCGACAAGCAGUCACAUUCGACACUACACCAUCAAGACGCAGCUCCAUGGUGAGCUCUUUGGGAAAGUGUUCCAUCAUGUGGUGACUGGCGAUCAAGUGAAAGAGAGCAAACCUCAUCCUGAGAUCUUUUUGAAAGCGCUGGACCAAUUCCAUCGCAAAGAUAUAUCACCGCAAGAAGUCCUUGUUCUUGAGGAUGCACCUUUGGGUGUGCUGGCAGCCCAAAGAGCCAAAAUGAAUGUGGUACAAGUGUCUUCCGUCGAAUCCGCUGAGGUCAAGCCGAAUCAGCUCAUCCCAACCAUGUGGCAUUUCUGCCCUGAACAGUGGGGAUUGCCCAAGUUUGACUGAAAUAUAAUUCAAGCGAUCCUCAAUCGUAUUUGUCGAGGAACUUUUGUCUCCUGCCAUCGAUUCGUUUUAAUGUCUAAAUAUUACCACUUCUAG